AUGGGCCGUGUUCCUCUCAGGAAAGUUCUGACUGAUUCGAGGAAAAUCCUAGUGCUCGAUGGUGGUCAAGGUACCGAAAUGGAGAAUAGAGGUAUCGAAGUUGCCAAUCCUGUGUGGUCCUCAAUUCCUUUCGUGAGUGAGUCCUUCUGGACCGAUGAGUGGUCCAAGGAGAGGAAAAUAGUCGAGGAAAUAUACAAAGAUUUCAUGAGUUCUGGUUCCGAUAUGUUGAUGACUGUCACUUACCAGGCCAGUUUCAAAGCUAUUGCGGAAAACACGGAGCUCCAAACUCUCUCUGAGUAUAAUUCCCUCUUAGACCGGAUAGUUGCGUUCUCCCGUCGCUGCAUCGGCGACGAGCGCUACUUAGUAGGAUCCGUGGGACCUUGGGCUGCUUAUAAUGCUAGUGAAUAUACCGGUGACUACGGCCUUCAUGCGGACAGCAUUGACUAUUAUGGAUAUUACAAACCACAACUGGAUAAUUUCAAUAAACAGGAAGAGAUUGAUAUGAUAGGAAUAGAAACAGUACCCAAUUUUCAUGAGCUGAAAGCUAUUUUGUCCUGGGAUGAAAAGAAGAUAGCGAAGCCAUUUUAUGUCAGUUUAACUACUCAUGAUAGUGGUGUCCUCAGGGACGGUACGGCAAUGGAGGAUAUUGCUCAAUAUAUCAAAUGUCUAGGAAACAAUUUAAAUCCCAACUUUAUGUUACUGGGCAUCAAUUGUGUUAGCUUCAAUGAUUCCAGAGACAUUUUAGAGCUAUUGCACAACGCUUUGCCAGAGAUGCUUCUAUUGGCAUAUCCAAACAGUGGCGAAGUGUAUGAGCCUAAAAAAAAAAUUUGGCUCGCCAAUAAAUGCAAGACAACGAGCUGGGAUUCAGUGGUUAAGAGCUUCAUAAACAGCGGUGCUCGUAUUAUAGGUGGCUGCUGUAGAACCAGUCCACAAGACAUUGCUGACGUGUCAAUAGCUGUAAAGAAAUACAGCAUGACAGCUGAGUGA